AUGUCUUUUAAAAGGAAACAGUUGGAACUACAAAGAUGCUGUAGACAACGAUCAGUUAGAUAUAUAACAAUAUUUGUAUUGUUGUCUGUAGCACUCUUUGGAUUUAGUAGGUUGCAUGAUCAGGAUCCUAACGUAACCGAUUAUGAAAAGUAUAAACCAAGAGAAAGUCCUUGGAAUUCGCAAGAUUUAGCCGGAGGUGUUGACCCUGGAGCUGUGUAUACUAACGGAAAGUCUGGAAACUAUGAACCCAUAUCCCCUGAAAUUCCAUCGGAUCAACCAGGUGAAAACGGCGAGCCUGUGCAAAUUACGGAUGAAGAAGGAAGGAAACUUUCUAUUGCUGCUGUUAACUCAUUCGGUUUCAAUACUUAUGUUAGUGAUAUGAUUUCCAUGAAUAGAACAAUUCCUGACAUAAGAAUGAAUGAAUGUAAAUAUUGGGACUAUCCAGAAGAACUUCCAACUGUAUCUGUGGUAAUUGUGUUCCAUAACGAAGGAUGGACUCCUCUUUUGAGAACUGUCCAUUCAGUUCUCCUCAGAAGUCCUCCACAUCUUAUUAAAGAGGUCGUGAUGGUCGAUGAUGAUUCUAAUAAAGAACAUUUGAAACAGAAACUAGAAAAGUAUAUAGCACAGUUCAACGGAAAAGUGAAGCUUUUCCGAACUGGUGAACGUGUAGGUCUUAUCAAUGCUAGAACUUUUGGAGCCAAGCAUUCAACUGGAGAUGUUCUCAUAUUUUUGGAUGCUCAUUGUGAGGUGAAUACCAAUUGGUUAGCCCCUCUUCUAUCACCAAUCAAGAAUAAUAGACGAGUUAUGACUGUUCCUGUAAUUGAUGGAAUUGACUCUGACACUUGGGCAUAUAGAAGUGUUUAUGGAAGUGCCAGCAAACAUUUCAGUGGUAUUUUCGAAUGGGGAUUACUGUAUAAAGAGACAGAAAUCAGUGCGAGAGAGAAAGAUGGUCGUCCUUAUGACAGUAUGCCAUUCAGAUCUCCAACUCAUGCUGGUGGACUUUUUGCAAUUGAUAGAGCAUGGUUUGAGGAGUUAGGAUACUAUGAUGAUGGUUUGCAAAUCUGGGGAGGAGAGCAGUAUGAACUCAGUUUCAAGAUUUGGCAAUGUGGAGGAGGAAUAUUGUUCGUCCCUUGCUCGCAUGUCGGUCAUGUAUAUCGUUCUCAUAUGCCAUACAACUUCGGAAAACUCUCGGGAAAACCCGUUAUUUCCACUAACAUGAUGCGUGUUAUUAAAACUUGGAUGGGUGAUUACGAAAAGUACUAUUUCAUUCGUGAACCUCAAGCUCAGAAAGUAGAUCCAGGAGAUAUUUCGAAGCAAUUAGCUUUGAAAGAAAAUCUUCAAUGCAAAGAUUUCAAAUGGUAUAUGGAUAAUGUAGCGUAUGAUGUAUUGAAGAGUUACCCAUUACUUCCCGAUAACAAAGUCUGGGGAGAAGCGCGUAACCCACAUACUGGCUACUGCCUUGAUCGAAUGGGUGGUAUUCCUGGUCCUUUGGGCGCUACUGGAUGUCAUGGUUAUGGCGGCAACCAGCUCCUCCGUUUGAACAUGGAUGGUCAAUUGUCUCAAGGAGAGUGGUGUCUAUCUCCUCAUAGUGGUGGAGUUCAAGCCAACCAUUGUCAGAAAGGAUCUGUCAGUGGCCCAUGGAUGUACGACGAUAACACUUCGCAAAUAAUGACUAAAGCAAGGCAAUGUUUGACCAUCAAGCCACGUACUCACGAUAUCAAGCUGGAGCGCUGUGAUGCAGAGAGUCUAUUCCAGAAGUUCAUAUGGAAGGAGUUCUACCAAGCAAGUUAA